AUUUAGUCUGCAGUACUCACUCUGAGACGGAAGGUGGCGGUAAUGCGCCAAAAUCUGAAACCGCCGUCAAAACAUAAGAAGAAGAAGAAGGCUGAUCAUGCGAUAAUUUUCGGAAUGGGUACCCAAGUGAAGGAUGUCAUCAUUAAGCCUGACGCUCCCAAUACGCUGCUGCUGGACAAGCAUGCAGACUACAUCGCAGCCUACGGCUCCAAGAAGGAUGACUAUGAGUACACGCUGUCAGAGUACCUGAGGAUGAGCGGCAUCUACUGGGGGCUGACGGUGAUGGACCUGAUGGGGCAGCUGCCCCGGAUGAACCGGCAGGAGAUCAUAGACUUCAUCAAAGCCUGUCAACACGAGUGUGGAGGCAUCAGCGCCAGCAUCGGACACGACCCCCACCUGCUCUACACCCUCAGCGCCGUCCAGAUCCUGUGCUUGUAUGACAACGUGGAUGCAAUUGAUGUGGACAAAGUGGUGGAAUACAUCAAAGGGCUGCAGCAGGAAGACGGCUCGUUUGCAGGGGACAAAUGGGGAGAAAUAGACACAAGAUUUUCCUUCUGUGCAGUUGCUACGCUGGCGUUACUGGGCAAGAUGGACACCAUAAAUGUUGACAAAGCUAUAGAAUUCGUCUUGUCUUGUAUGAACUUUGAUGGAGGCUUUGGCUGCAGACCUGGUUCAGAGUCUCACGCUGGUCAGAUCUACUGCUGCACUGGCUUCCUGUCUCUCACCGGUCAGCUGCACCAGAUCAACGCUGACCUGCUGGGCUGGUGGCUCUGCGAGAGGCAGCUGCCGUCCGGAGGCCUCAAUGGACGGCCGGAGAAGCUUCCAGAUGUGUGCUACUCCUGGUGGGUUCUGGCGUCGCUAAAAAUCAUCGGUAGGAUCCACUGGAUCGACAAGGCCAAGCUGCGAACGUUUAUCCUGGCCUGUCAAGAUGAAGAGACUGGAGGUUUUGCUGACAGACCAGGAGACAUGGUGGAUCCCUUCCACACUCUGUUCGGAAUCGCAGGUCUCUCCCUUCUCGGAGAUGAGCAGAUCAAGCCGGUGAAUCCUGUUCUGUGCAUGCCCGAGGACGUCCUGCAGAGGAUCAGCCUGCAGCCUGACCUCCUCAGCUAGCCCUCUGACACCACGCACACACACAGCUGCCCUGCUGAUGCUGGGGACAGAGAGAGAGGACCGCCACACAUCUUAGCGUUAGCCAAAGUCCACAGACACUUUCUAGACAAAGGAUUUGGUCUCCACUCACUAAGGACAAAUUAAGUCAUGCAGAUUCUCAGCCUUUCAUUACUUUACCAGGUCACUUAUGUUGAAUUUACUGCGUGAGAACAACUUCAGAAAGCGAUAUUUUGAAGUGUAACCAUCGAAAAACAACAUCCAGAAAUCAUUACACAACAUUCCGUAACUUUUUCCACUUGGUCCCCAUGUCAGUUUGUUUGAGAGGAAACAUGUAACUGUUAGCACAGGAAGCUAAGCUACGUAUUGGACAGAGGCACUGGUUGGCUCUGCUGUUUCAUGUGUGCGUAAUUUUUAAUAAUUUAAUUUCUGAAUUUGAGCUGGAAGCAGAACGGUUAUGCGUGGAACAGACAUGCAUGAUCCGGUGUGCUCUGCGACUUCGGUACGUUUGGAGGCGCAAGACGCUCGACUGUCCCUCGCUUUAAGGACACCACGUCUGUCUGUUGGAGAGUUCUGCCUUUUUUUCCCCCCAAGCAGCAAUUGUUUCAAACAAAAUAACUUCCGCAUUUGAAAAGUAAGAGCGUGUGAAGGGCAGACCAUCCUCGUCCUGUCAACACUACACCCAUCACUGUUCUCAGAGGCCAGAGGUGAAACACGUCUUCUCCACAGUCUCAGCUGCAUGUUUAUUUAAAUCCCUGUUGCUCAGUUCGGCUUUGCCAUGCAGCUGUGGGCAGACGUACUUUGUGUAAAAUCUCAAAAUAUUUCCAGUCUUAUCUUUUCAUGAUUUUCAAACAUCUUUUUUUUUUACGUUUACUAAUUUAGUUAAAACUCUUCGAUUUGUCUUUUCUUUCAGGCGUGACACAUGCUGCAUUUUUGUCUUACUGAAUACACAUUUUAUCUGUUGUUAGGUAGCUGCUCAGUGUUGACGCUGUUACAGAAGGCAAAUAAAUCACAUGUUGAAUCUGUUAUGAGGCUGCAUCCAAUUUAAGUGACUGAUAUGAUGCAGUCAGUGAUUGACUGAUUGAUAUGUUAUAGAGUCAUAACUUAUACAAAAGUCCAUUUUGUCGCAGGGUUUAAAUAACAGUUCUCGAUUAGUUAAGCUGCUUAAAGAUGAUUAGAAUUUUAAAAAACAGCUCAAGACCUUAACCCUGUCCUGAACAACUUGUUAAACGACUCACUUUGUGUUGUGGGGGCGGCUCUAAUACAAAAAGCUGCUUACUGCACAACUAUACAGUAUGUGUGUAUGUUAAUGUAACUUAUUUGUUAUCUUGGUUGGAAAUAAAUGUUUUCCCUUCA